AUGUCACUGAGCAUGCAGGGUUCAGGAAGAGAGUAUUGGGAAAACUCUCAUAUGGACAUGCGCGAGCACUGCUCGCGCGAGCAACGCGCUCAAAGAUCCGUCGGACGAGAGGCUGAACGCAUCUCGGAUAGGCGCGAGCGUCCUCACGAUGAGGGGAUGACCCCAGAGCUACAGUCGAUCCUGACAGACGGCGAGUUUGGCCGCGUCGAUCCCACUGGCUGGUUCCCGCACUAUAAGAAUUGUGUGCACCAUUUCGUCGACUAUAGCCAGCAUACCCCGCCAGUAUUGUCUGUUGCCGCCUUUAUCAAUAUCCGACUUCCAAGCCAGCGACCUGUGGAGAUCGCUCCGGCUGUUCAAUCUACUUCUGUGCCGUUUGUUUCUCUCCGGCCUUAUAUCCGCAGACUCAUUGUCACGGCGCAAGACUCUCCGACUGUCAUGAAUACUUUCUUCGGUAGUGACUGGGAAGCUGGGGUGGGGGUGAUCUACAAGCAAGAGCGGGCCAAUUAUCUAUUUACUGCCAAAAGCAGUGGUUGGGCAGCAACUAAGGCUGCAUACGACAUUUCCCCGGAUGAACAAACCCCUUUCCUAAGGCCCCUGCGUGACCCUUCGGAGGAGGAGAUUCGCGUAGCCGAGGCGCGAUGGAGUGAAUGGCUAGCUAUGGAGGAUUGGAUGGUUGGAGCGCGCAGUCCCUGGUAG